UCAGCAGCCAAACUCUCCCCUCCUCCCUGCUCUCUCACAUAAGGACCCGGCCAGCCAGAGGCAGCACGUCCGCCCCGGCAGCCGCGAGGGACGGAGCCCAGUCAGUCAGUCAGCCAGCCAGCCAGUAGCGCACUCCUUUCCCCCAACCGUGCGUUCAGCCGUCGUGUCCACCCAACACCCCUCAUGGAUGUCCCAGCUUACAACGGCUGUAGACGUCGGACCACGGCCGCAUAGGUGUGCUUGUCGGCCUUACGAUAAGCUCCUUUUUUCCAUGCCGUAAACGGUUGGUGUUCGACGGCAGAGAGACAGAGAGGAGGCUCGCCCCCCCUAGUCGUUAGCCGGAGAAGCUAACGUAGCUAGCUAACUUUAGCUGCGACACUUGGUACCAGAGCCGGGGGAGUUUUGUGGAUAGUCUGGGGCGGACUCGGGGCUGCCGUGUCACUCUUUUAAAUCAAGGAGCAUGUUUGAGUGACAAGCAAAGGAGGACGUGGGAUCUCCGACGCUCUGCCCUCUUUGCUGGUGGAGCCCCCUGUACGUCUAACCAGAGACUCCCCUUGUCACCUGGACAGAUUAAGAAGAAAGAAGGCAAGAAUUUUGACUAAGGCAGUUUGACUGCCGUGCCUUUUCCAAGGUGCGUGUGGGGGGCAGGAGUGGUGAGACAUUGACGAGAGCUGCUUUGCUAACACCUUUUAAAAUAAUUUUCGGAUGAGAAGAACUUUUGCCAGUGAAUGGUUUUUUGUCUAUAUGUGCCCUGCGAUUGGCUGGCGACCAGUCCAGCGUGUACCCCGCCUCUAGCCUGAAGUCAGCUGGGAUAGGCUCCAGCAAACGCGCGACCCUAGUGAGGAUAAGCAGCAUAGAAGAUGGAUGGAUGAAAGAACCUUUGCCUAUAUCGAUGCGGAGGUUCGCCUACUGCAAGGUGGUUCUGGCCACCUCUUUGGUGUGGGUGAUGCUGGACAUGUUCAUCCUGCUCUACUUCAGCGAGUGCAACAAGUGCGAUGACAAGAAGGAGAGAGGACUGCCUGGUAGAGAUGACUCCCUGGCGAGGCCGCGGGACGGGCCCGGGGAAGGGGGUAAGCCUGUGGUGAUCCCAAAGGAGAACCAGGAGAAGAUGAAGGAGAUGUUUAAGAUCAACCAGUUCAACCUCAUGGCCUCUGAGAUGAUUGCGCUCAAUCGGUCAUUACCCGAUGUCCGGCUAGAAGGGUGCAAGAACAAGUUAUACCCUGACAAUCUGCCCAGAACCAGCGUGGUGAUUGUAUUUCACAACGAGGCGUGGAGCACGCUGCUGCGCACCGUCCACUCUGUCAUCGACCGCUCUCCCCACACACUGUUGGAGGAGAUUGUUCUGGUGGACGACGCCAGUGAACGAGAUUUUCUAAAGCGGCCAUUGGAGCAAUAUGUGCGGAGGCUGGAGGUCCCUGUCAGGGUAGUGAGGAUGGAUCAAAGGUCUGGACUCAUUCGAGCUCGCCUCAAGGGGGCUUCCAUCUCUACAGGCCAGGUCAUUACCUUUCUGGAUGCACAUUGCGAAUGCACGACAGGCUGGCUGGAGCCGCUGCUCGCUCGCAUCAAGCAAGACAAGAGAACAGUUGUGUGUCCCAUCAUUGACGUGAUCAGCGACGACACCUUCGAGUACAUGGCAGGAUCAGACAUGACGUACGGAGGGUUUAACUGGAAGCUCAACUUCAGAUGGUACCCAGUGCCCCAGAGAGAAAUGGACCGCCGCAAGGGAGACCGCACACUUCCUGUCAGGACUCCCACGAUGGCAGGCGGCUUGUUCUCCAUCGACAGAGAUUAUUUCCAGGAGAUUGGCACGUAUGACGCAGGCAUGGACAUCUGGGGAGGAGAGAACCUGGAAAUCUCUUUCAGAAUAUGGCAGUGCGGUGGAACCCUUGAGAUCGUCACAUGCUCACACGUGGGUCACGUGUUCAGAAAGGCCACGCCAUACACAUUUCCUGGAGGAACGGGGCAGAUCAUCAACAAAAACAACAGACGGCUGGCAGAAGUCUGGAUGGAUGAAUUCAAGAACUUCUUCUACAUAAUCUCCCCUGGUGUGACCAAAGUGGACUACGGUGACAUCACGUCUCGCUCAGCUCUCAGACAGAAGCUUCAAUGUAAACCUUUCAGUUGGUACUUGGAAAACGUCUAUCCCGACUCGCAGAUUCCCCGCCACUAUUACUCUCUAGGAGAGAUCCGAAAUGUGGAGACCAAUCAGUGCUUGGACAACAUGGCCCGGAAAGAGAACGAGAAGGUCGGCAUUUUCAACUGCCAUGGCAUGGGGGGCAACCAGGUUUUCUCCUACACGGCCAAUAAGGAGAUCAGGACGGAUGACUUGUGUCUGGACGUGUCCAAAUUAAACGGACCUGUCAUGAUGCUCAAGUGUCAUCACCUCAAAGGCAACCAGCUGUGGGAGUACGACCCUGUGAAGCUGAGCCUGGUGCACGUCAACAGUAACCAGUGUUUGGACAAGGCCAGCGAGGAGGACAGUCAGGUUCCCAGCGUCAGAGACUGCACACACUCACGCUCCCAGCAGUGGCUGCUCCGUAACGUCACACUACCUGAGGUCUUCUGAGCACAGGACGCCACCCCUCCCCCUCUCUCCCAAUCAACGGACACACACAUACUCUCACACACACGCACACACAUACAUACAGCGGCCGCCCCACGGGAAGCCAUCAUGUCCAGAAAGAAAGUGGGGGGGGAAAAAGGGCUCCAGGGAGGUCCCGUGAGAGGGAUGCGGGAGGACGGCUGGGACGGUACGACCUCUGCCUGCCUUCCAUCAUGAUGGGGAGGAGUUUUGGAUGAGAGGAAAGGACUCCCAACUAGGAGGAGACGCUGGAUGUUUGACUUUUUCUUUGUUUUUUGGAGAGUCGGCGAGUGAUUCCACCUUUUGUGUGCAAACGUCGUCCACGUGGUCAUCAUGUAACGUUUACUGACUGCCUCUUAUUACAGAGUGUGUGCACUUAAGUUGUGUGUGACAUGAAUGUUUGUUUUUCUUUUCUUUUUUUAAUUUAAUUUUCUAAUGGGCUGGGGAAAUGAACUCUUAAAAAGCGUGCCUGUGUUCUCUCCUUGCAAGUGUUUGUCUCCCUCUGGUGUCCACUCCGUGUCAUUACACUCAGACUGAAGCCUAAUACAUUUAUGACCGAGAAGGAGCUUAUUUCUGAUGGGCGGCACACACACAAAAACGAGAGGACCAAACGUGACAUUGAGAUUUAGGACAAGUAACAUGUUUGUCGUAUCUUUUUUUUUUUAAUGUCCUGUGUUGAUCACUGCUAUUCACACGCGUCCUGUGGGACUCCACUGGAUCAGAACCUCUCUUCCAUUCAUGCGUCACUCCAGUGUGUAAACAAGCUUCUUCUUGUAGCAUCAACGGACAGCAGCUUGUUAGCUUCCAAUUUUUUUUUUUUUUUUUACAAUGCUGCUUUUGAACUCUCCGCAGAGCGUGUGAGGCAUUCAGGGACAAAGAUUGGAACAUCGUUUAGGACAUAUCUCACUUUGUCAGCUCAUAUUUUACUCCGCCCAUAUCCGAUAAGGCACCAACAUCGAUCAUGUUUUAGUUUUUAUUUUUUUUACGUGUCAUGAGAGCGACGUGGCCAGGGAGUGUUUACACGUGACGCGUCAUUUCUAGUGGGAAUGAGAGGUGUUGUUGUGGUAUUGUUUGGGUUGUGUUGGGACGGACACGUCCAGGUUUCCACUCUGAGGGCGUCCAAGUGUGGUGAAUAAAAGUGAAGGCAUUUACACAAGCUGACAAGGACAA